UUGAAUUAUUUAUAAAAAUAAUUUUUGCCCAAGAGCAGAUUGUUUGCUUCUCCAUCACCCAUUUUAUUAUGAUAGAAUUAAUUAUUUAUUUGCGUGAUAUCGACUAUUUUUGCUCAUUGCAAAAAACAAAAUACUAUUUUACGUCAUUUUUCAGGCGGGCCACUGCACGAUAUACUUUUGCGCAAGCUGAUGAAAAUUACCUGUCAUAAUGAGUUGGGCAACAUGCUGUGUUUCUUGGUCGUGAUGGAGGCUUUGCCACUUUUGCUCAGCACGCAAACCAGAGAAUUCUCGUUCGACUGGCUCAUGUCCCUCUGUUCCCAGACAUUCUGGCCCCACUACACGCAAGAAGUGUUACGCUUAAUUGAGAAUUUGGCUCCGAAAAUCCGGACGUUGACGUUGAAUUCCUACACCUGUUAUUCAAUGAAAGUACUGCAUCCGAUAAAAAGAAACUUGCUGACACACAUCACCAAAAUGAAAAAUCUGCAAAAGCUAGAGCUUAGCACCCAUUCGAUUUCAUUUGAAAACGUGCUGCGGCUUUGCAAAAGUCUCAGAUUCUUGCAAUCAUUCUCCGCUACAGAAUUGACUUUUGAAGAGCACCAGCAGUUCAAUAUUGAGGCAAUUAAAAAACAACUAAGCCGCUUGAAGGUGUUCAAAUUCGCCAUAAUCGAGUCACAAAGGAAAUUUUGGUACACGCUGCGGCGGAUCUGCACUGAAAACCUUCCAAACCUGUUGAUUCUCGUCGGUGACGUCAGAAUCAGCCAAUAUUUCGGCGGAUACAAAGACAUGGGUCCGGAAUGCAUUUUGCGUUGUUCCAAAACUUCCAAACUGCGACACUUAUGGACCAGCUCCAGGCAGCUUUUCGCCACUUCUCAGUCGCAUCGCUUGUUCCCCGAUGUUACACACCUAUCGUUAACAUGGGAAAAAAGUUGGAUCCACAGUGAGCUGGAAGUGAAGUCUCUGCUCCAAUUCACCAAAAUCGAGUGUUUGUGUUUUCAUUACGUACCCUCAUCGGAGAUUUUCGAGCGCUUCUUGACUAUUUACGGACGCAAUUUGCGCACUCUCUACCUGAUGAGCUACAAUGUUCCCACAGUUUUGACCUUUUCAGCCGCGAAAUUGUUCAUAUUUUGCCCGAAACUUGAGACGUUAUUCAUGACGAGCCACACUGUGUUCGCGCCAGACCAGCAGCCUAUUCAGUUUUUCGCCGAAUUGAAGAAUCUCGCCAUAUAUUGCCACACAGAGGUGUCUGUGUUGAGCUUCCUGUCGGCGCCAAAACUCGAGAAGUUGUACCUGAACGGAAAUUUAAGGAUGAUAAAAGAAGUGCAAAAAUUGUCAAAUUUGAUCAGGGAGAAAAAGAUUUUCCAGCAGCUGCAAAUGCUUGAGGUGGUAAGCUGCACUUGCGGCGAUUUGGGAACAACAACAACCUCGGCCGAUUACGAGACAAUCUUUGAUUUUUUUAAGGACUGCAUCGCGUUUCUCCCCAAGCUGCAAACGGUCGAUUACGACUUCGAAUACAAUAUGUCCCAGUUCGUCAGUGAAAUCGAGCAAGAAGGAUUUGGCGAACUCCCUCUUUCACCAAAACAGCGUUUGAGUGUUGCGCAACUCAAAAUGUUUGGACAAGAGGACCUUUUUCAGUUCCUCUGUCUCCCUGGUUUGGACAAAUCCAAGGUCUACAGUUGGACGUCUUUCAGUGGUAAAUGA